AAACAUUACCGUGAUAGAACAACAUCUAUCAGUGUCACAGAUGAAUAAAGCCACAGCUUCAGCACCUGCACAGUCUUCUGAACCACAACAUGUUGAGGGAGACAACUCAGCAGUCCUCUCAAAGUUUGAAUCAGUUUGGAGAGUUAUCUUUGAAGUCAAGCAACAGAUCAGUGAUAUUGUUUGUGCUGGCAAAUCUCACAUCAACUUUGGACAAGCUGUGGACAUGUUGCAGACAAUCCAACCCAUCCUAUCUGAGCUACGUGACCACUUUGACAGGUGCUUGUCCUUCUCCCCCCUCGUCCUUGACAAGUCUAAACCAGACUUCACCAAACUUUCUACCAGCCUCAACACCUUCUUCCAGUGUGCUGGUCUGUCUGGUACUGACCCCAGUCUUCCAGUCUCAUCACAGCAGCUGAUUGGCUACUUUCACAUUUCUAAAAAUAGAGUGAUGUUGAUGACUGGGCUGGAGCAGCUGACAGAAUUGAUACGCGACUAUAACAGCUUGUCCCAGCAAAUUUCUUGACAGAUUAAUCUGGCAACUUGUCUUCAAUGCUACCAGAUUUUUCACCACUUGUUAUGGGUUUAUCUGGCAACAUCUUCAAUACUACCAGAAUUUUACCAUUUUUUUGGUAGAAGGUGUAAAAUUAUACCAUGAUCUGAACUUGUCUUCAGUACUACCAGAUUUUUACCACUUGUUAUGGGUUUAUCUGGCACCAUCUUCAAUACUACCAGAGUUUUAACAUUUUUGGUAGAAGGUGUAAAAUUAUACCAUGAUCUGAACUUGGCUUCAGUACUACCAGAUUUUUGCCAUUUUUGAUGGGUCAAUCUGGCAACAUUUUUGCAAUGCUACCAGGUUUUUACCAAUUUUGGUACCAUCUGUGAAACUAUACCAUGAUUUGAACUAUUCUUGACAUUCAAUUAACCCGAUAUGACUUAAAGCCUGGAACCUGUCCAAUAUUCCUGGGCUUUUGAGAAUUAAAGAGUUAAAACCAACAUGAUAAAGAGAGAUGUUACUGACCUCCAAACAUGUAGUUUGAAUAAGAUGGAACUGGAAGACAUUGUACAAAAUAUGUCUAGCUGUUGUCUAGAUUGGUUUCAUUGUGAAUUUCAGUCAGUUCAAACAUAUGGGGGCAGACCUAUUCAAUGGUCAACCAUGAAGUAUGCCUACGAUUGGUUUGUUAUUUUUAGUGAUGCAUAUUUUUAUGUGCCAUGCAUAAAGUCCAGAAAAUUAACUCGAGUGGUAAACAGUGAAUUACCAAAAAUCAGUACAGCAGUCUGGUAGGGUAAAUGCUACCAGGCUAUAACCAAUUGUGACAGAUCAACCGGGUAUCUUUUGUCCAGUAUUGCCAGAUUUUAACCUCUUGUGACAGGACUAUCAGGCAACUUUUGUCCAGUAUUGCCAGAUUUUACUAUUUUUGUCAAGGCUAACUGGCAAGUUGAAAUAAAAAUAGAUGGCUGAGAAAAAAAAAACAAGUAUAAAAAACUGAUACUGUCAGCAACUGUUUGGAUAAUUGCAAUCAGUUUUAAUGUGACAGGAUGUGAAGGGUAACUAAUCCAUUAGCACUGAAUAUCUAGUAAUUAAUUUAUCUUAAUUUAAAAGUAGUAACACUUGGUUUAUGAGGGAUAAUUACUGGUUUGUUUUUAAACAUAACUGGCAUUAACGUACAUGCAUACAAAUAACAUUUAUAUAUAAUUAAUUGCUUUUACAACUAUUUGUUUUACACAAAGUUUGCCUUAAAAGUUAAGGCAGUCAUAUGCAGUAUAAAAACCAAACCCAAUAAAGUAAAGGCAGCGAAUGAAAUAAUGGUGCUUUUUGUUAAUAAUAAUAAAUAUUACUCCUUUGACUGUUUCAUUAGUAAAAAAUGUUAGUUUUUGUGCAAAUUAGUUGUUUACAAAUUUUUUGUUUAUUUCCUUAUGUUUAUUUAUUUGUACAUAUUAUACAUGUGAUAUGUUCUUAUUCUUACAUUCCUUGAAUUGUUGAAAGGUAAGAGGAAUCUGACUGUUAUAUAUUUUACUAAAAAAUACUUCCCAGUGUUGUAAAAAUAAUCUAUGCAUGACUUUUAGUACUGUGUUGAAUGCAUUUCUAUAAAACAUGUUUACAAGUA